GUGGCGGGUAAGUUACUUGUACGAGUAGACGGAAUUGGAAAUUUGAUGGAAUGAGCGGGAUUUUCUCUCUCUUCCCUUCUUUACCGGUAUUGUUUCGCCCGCGAGAUAUGAGAGGGGCUGGGGGAUUAAAUUCGAUAGAAAGGCAAAACAUGUUUCGCCCACGUCUUCCUUCAAUUCUCAGCUCGUCCAUUCGGCGAUGGAGCUCUUCUGCUCAGAGAGUGUUUUGCGAGAAUGACAUAGCCCUCCUCCGCCCCGUCCUAGACCCUACAAAAACUUACCUCACCCAGCCUCUUACGCAGGGCAAAGCCUGCGAAACCCACCGAGGCACAAUCUCACACAACGACAUCAUUGGCAAGCGACCGCGGGAGGUCGUGACGACCCCAAAGGGCGUGAAGUUCCGAAUCGCCUUUCCAACCCUGGAAGAGUACAUUGUUUCCGUGCGGCGUCUCGUAACCCCGGUCUACCCGAUCGACGCGGCGACGAUCGUAUCCUUACUCGACAUUCACGUCACCCCCGGAGCCGACCCUGGCGACAGCAGCCGCGACAACAAUGAGGAACCGGUAGAAGUCCUGGAAGCAGGCACGGGCCACGGCUCACUAACACUCUACCUCUCCCGCGCGCUAUCCCCCUGCGCAAGCGCCCUGCUGCACACGAUGGAUGUAUCAGCCGCGCACUCCUCACGCGCGCAAAAGGUCGUAUCAAACUUCCGCCGGGGCAUCUACCUCCGCAACGUGCGCUUCCAUGUCUGCGACCCAGGUACCUGGUGUCGCGAGCAGCUCUCCGUCCGCGAUGGGAAGCCGUUCCUGACGCAUGCCGUGCUGGACCUACCGGGACCUCAGGACUACCUGUUUGAUGUCAUGCGCUGCUUGAGGCCAGAUGGAGUCGUGGGCGUUUGGUGUCCGAGCGUUAGCCAGAUUAUGGUCGCCGUGGCCAGGGUUAAGGGGAGUGGGCUGUUCUGCGAGAGGGUUUUGGAGUUUCCUGGCGGAACGGGGGUUGGGGCCGGUUUGCGGGCGUGGGAUGUGCGGCCGGCGCUUAUUAGAGCAAGGGUCAAGAAGGCGGAGGAGGUGCAGGAGAGGGAGGGGAGGGAGGGAGUUCUCUCCGGGGAGGAACUGACUCCGCCAUCACCUGUUCCAGAGCGAGCUUCUCCUCCCUCUGACCUUGUACCGCCUGCACCCGUUCCAGAGGCCUUCAUCUGCAGACCAACCGUCGGGGACCGUCUAGUUGGCGGCGGUUUCUUUGCCAUGUUCCGGAGGAAGUCUGAUGAUUAG